AUGGCCACUCCACAUGUAUUAGCUAUACCAUAUCCAGCACAAGGCCAUGUUAUCCCCCUAAUGGAAGUUUCACUUUGGCUAGUAAGACAUGGCAUCAAAGUCACAUUUGUAAACACGGAAUUCAAUCACCAGAGAGUUGUCAAAGCAUUAACAGAGACAGAAAACACACAAGAAAAAGAAAGGGUAAAGUUGGUAUCAAUCCCAGAUGGAUUGGAACCAUGGGAGGACAGAAAUGAACUAGGAAAGUUAUCCAAGGUAAUUUCGACGGUUAUGCCUGGGAAGUUGGAGGACCUAAUUGAAAAGAUAAAUGGAACUGAGAGUGAUAAGAUUAUGUGUAUUAUAGCAGAUUAUGGCAUGGGAUGGGCGUCGGAGUUGGCCAAGAAGUUGGGAAUCAAGAGUGUAGCUUUCUGUCCUGCUGCGGCUGCCAUGUUGGCCUUGGCAAAUAACUGUUUAAAGCUGAUUGACGAUGGAAUCAUCGACGGUGAUGGCAGAGUCUUGAAGAAACAAAUGUUUCAACUGUCUCCAGCCAUGCCUCUAAUGAACUCUGAGACCUUGGGAAGUCAGAUUGCUCCCCGUGAGGGGUCGGAUCUGUCUUUUCUACUUAGAAUUCGUAGAGAUUUUCCCAGAACCCCAGUCCAGCCCUCUAGCCAAGAAGGUAUACUGGUUAAGGAGGAAAUAUAUUCUCAUCAAGAAUCAAUAACUACAAGAAAUAGGAAAAUAAGAAGCAACAAGUCAAGAACCCAUCAAAGAGAAACAAAGAAUUUCGAUGGCACAAAGGAAACAUAA